AUGACAAUAUCUACUUUCGAUCACGUGUCGGGGCGACUUAGACGGAUUGCGCGUCAUCUUGCCUUCCCAAUUUUUCCCCUUCUGCAGUUCGAAUCCAAAACAUCUAUCUAUAGAACGGAGUACGAGGGAAAGAUGUUUAACUCGGUGAAUCUGGGCAACUUCUGCUCCCAGACGCGCAAAGACCGGACAUCCGAAUUUGGGGACAGAACAGGCUGCGCCUCGAACAUCUACCUCCCCAGCUGCACCUACUACGUCCCUGAAUUUUCAGCCGUCUCGUCUUUUCUUCCACAGGCCCCGUCGCGGCAAAUAAGCUACCCAUAUUCCACAAAUCUGUCUCAAGUACAACCGGUGCGGGAAGUUUCGUACGGAUUGGACCCCUCCAGUAAAUGGCACCAUAGAAGCAACUAUGCUCCGUGCUAUUCAGGAGAAGAUCUGGUGCACAGGGAUUGCCUUCCGCCAUCCACCAUGACAGAAAUGCUUAUGAAAAACGAGAGUGUGUACAGCCACCACCACCACCAUCCGAGUUCCAAUCACCCCUCGACAGGAUUUUACUCCGGCGUGGGGAAAAACAACGUCCUCCCUCAAGGUUUCGAUCGCUUUUUUGAGACCGCAUAUUGCAGCACGGACAAUCAGUCAGACAAUUGUUUACAAAAAGGCGAAGCGAGCAAGUUUGAGAGCGAGUCCCAGCAGCACACCGCUCUACCAGGCGCACAAGAUCAGGAGAAGGACGCCGAAGAUGAGGAGGAACAUACCAAUUCAGGCUCAUGUACUUCUACAGCCACCAAGGAAGGCAACACUAGCAAGAACAGCCACUCGAAUUCAGGUACCCCUCGUACAAGGAAGAAGAGGUGUCCAUACUCCAAAUUUCAGAUUCGAGAAUUGGAGCGGGAAUUUUUCUUUAAUGUUUACAUCAACAAGGAGAAACGACUGCAGCUUUCUCGGAUGCUGAAUCUUACUGACCGACAAGUUAAAAUAUGGUUUCAGAAUCGAAGAAUGAAAGAAAAGAAAUUAAGCAGAGAUCGCUUGCAAUAUUUUUCGGGAAACCCUCUUUUGUGAACAGACGGCUCACGUCAAAAUUAGUCCUAGGUAAAAGACACUCCAUUCUCAUAGAGUUCUCAACAUGGCUAACAACAAAGUCAAGUUAUUUGUACAAAUAAUGGCUGAUGCAAACAAAAUGAGCUGAGCCUGUUUGUUUCUCAAACAUUGGUGUGAGUAGUCUACAGACUACUUCGCCAUUUUCCUGUAACCACACGGAACUUGUAUUUCAUACAGGCUUACGGAUGAGUAGGAUAAUCAUGUAUAUGUUGUUUUCGACUAUUAUAAUUUCCGUCUAUUUAUCAGAUUCUUAAUUGUGUUAUUUGGAUAUUGUACGCUACACAUCACGGGUGGGUCUAUUAUUUGAACAUUCUAUAUAAUGUUACAAUCUAAAAGCCAUGAUAUAGGCAAUCUGAAAUGUUCUGGUCCUUGUAUAGCCUAGUGUACCAGUAGCUUAUCCUCUUUUCAGACAGAGUUGCCUUUAAUUGGCUAAGCCCACAUUUUAACAUCGAAAACUGUGACCUGUUAAACCUGUAAUAAUGUAUUUCUUGUACAGACUAUGCAAUGUGCAUUCUUGACUGUAAAUAUGUUCAGUUUCAAUCUUCUUUACCCCUUCCCGCUGCUAUUUUCUGUACACUGCCCAAACAACUUUAUUAGCUUUAAUGUCAACACUCUUUUAAAUUAUUCGCUUAAAAUG